AUGUCUACUUUUGCAAUGGGCAAGGGUCUGAUAGACCCGCGGUACUGCUGUUGCGCUGUACCACUCGUCAACACUGGUAUAUAUACAGUCUUGGGCGAACAUGCGGUCAUUGGCGCAGCUAUUGGCAUCAUUGUGCUUGCUACUCCUGAUGUCGUGGGAGCAUCCUUCCCUUCAUUCGGAGGAGUCAUAUUCGCCAUAAUCUGCUUUGUCAUCGCAGGGCUGCAACCGAUAGGAUUCAUAGGAGUAGUCAGAGAAAAAUCAUCGACGUUCAAGGUGUACACGCUGCUGAAUGGUCUUGCCGUUGUAGCUGGCUUUGUGUGCUCGGCGGCACUCAUCAUCGCUUCCGCUCUCAAACAUGAUACCGCUGUCACCGCAUGCGAGGAAAAGUUCUUUUCAGACACGACAAACACUUCGUCGUCUGCCAACUCUACACUGGCCAGCGAAGGGCAAACACUGUGUAGCGCUUUCGCUUGGGCGGAUAUAGGGAUGAUGGGAGGUCUCUGGGUGAUCAUGCUCAUUGUUCAACUCUACUUUCUCUACCUGACGCGGGUAUAUUCAACCUCCCAAGUCGACGAUCAUAAGCUCUACCAUUCCGUCUACAACGAGAACCCGGAAGCAUUCACAAUGUCUGUUCUUCGUUCCAGUCGCUACAACCCCGGCUCGACUUACAACAUGCCUGGUCCUCAUGCCGAUGCUUGGGAUACUCGGGCGAGCAUGGAUUCUGUCCAAGACCAGGGUAAUCAGAGGGCGUACCAUGAUGCGGGAUAUCAAGAAGAUUACCAGCACGGGCAGUAUGAGGAUGCGUAUGGAGAACCACAAGGUUACCCUCCAACCUAUUCCGAUGGACACGGGCAGCAAUAUCCAUUCAGCACCCCGGGUGGUGGCUACGUGGAUCACCCAGCCGAGGCGCGUAUGAGGGAUGAGGAGAUUACGCCUGUCGCCAAUCAAUACCACGAAGGACAAGGGGUGGGGUACUCUGGAAAUGCGGGUGUCGGGGCAGGCGCGGGAGGCAUCUCGCGGCCAGAAGAAGCGCAAUACCAUCCAGGUGGGCAUUAG